CCGAGACCACCUAGAAGACAGGAAGCGUCGUCGGUUCUGUGGGCGGGUUGCAGCGCCAUCGAACCUGCCUUGCAAUGAGAUUGGGCAAUACUGAUGUUUAGCGCCAACCGGUGAAGGGCGACUCCAGCGAACGACGACACCUCCUGGCCUCAAGUCUUGUAUCUAACCUCAUCGCAUGCUACUACAUCCGCCGUCGUUCUAACUCUUUUUCUUCUCACCUACUAUACGUGGAAGAAUGGAUAUCGAGGCCAACGCAGCAACGAUGCAAGAUUCGACUCAACGGGUUAUCGCAACUCCAGACGCUGCCCUCACCUCGGAGAGGGAAUCGGUCGUGGCCCCAAAUUUAGGCCAGCUGCGAGAUCGUCGACUGGCACAGGGUGUAAGAAGGACUACACCCAACGGAAUUGAAAAACAGGCCAAAGGCCAGAGCCCUCUAUGGACCUACUUUGCACGCCGGAGAGAGCAGACAGGAAAGGACUACUGCGUGCUGUUGGCCUGGGAAGACGGCUCGCAAACAUUCGUGGUCGACGUACCUGUCGCGGACCCAGACAAUGAAGAGGCUGUAUUCGCUGACCUCAAUGCACAAUACUACGCUCAUAGGGGGAGAUGGCGGAAACAUUUCGGCUUGUGUGGCGUCGAGGGUGUGGAGAGAGUCGAGCUUCGUUUGGGAGGCUUGAUCGAUUCGAACAUCUUCAUAGGCAAGGCUUGUCCCAAAAACAAGCCGGACAGAGGGCAUCUGCAGGCGUGUGUGGAUAAGUACCAGGCCCAAGUAGACUGGGUUGACAGCCCAUACUGUUAUCCCAACGACGAAGCAACCAGACCAGAUUGGGUGCACGACUGGGGCUGUCCUGGCUACAAGUAUCCCGAUAUAGCAGAAUGCCCACACCAGGAACUAGCGUAUUAUUUGUGCCGCUUGGACAAUCUCGAAGGACACUGGUACAUGUUGCAGUGUUUCCAUCGACCGGCACUAGCGGAGCAGCAAAGGUCAUUGAACCUCAAGCACGAGCACCCGCUGAUACUGCGUUAUGACGGGUUCAAGAGCGCCGGCUACGGCCAGCAACCGCGCGACCAAAAAUUCCCCGGCCUAUUGAUCCGCGAACGCCAGCUGGGCAGUGUAUUCGAUAUGCCACACGUGGUCCUUAAGAGUAUCACAUCGGUUCUAAUGCUCGUGGUCACCGUUGUUGGCCGACUUGGAUGCGGCGAUUGGAACUCAGGCUUUGCGGCGGGAAGUUGGUUCGCAAAUUGGGUUGCGGCCAUACAAUUUUCGCGCCAACGAGUAUUCAGCAGGCCCGGCCACCACGACGGUUGGUACAGGGAGGCAUCUCGCAGAGACGACUGA